AUGCUCAUCCACAGAGAUAACGUGUGUGUUGUGUGCAGCUGCAGCCUCGGGAGCAUGGGAAAGGCAGGCAGCAAAGUCCUCGUUGAGCCUUCACUGGAUGGCGGUCAAGGGCAGCCACCUCCUGCGGCUACGCCUGCUGCCGCGGUCAAGUUUGAAGGGCUCACUAAGAAAAAGAAAAUGAAGGUGAAAUGGAGUCAAGUGCUGUUGGUCUUCUUCUUGGUGGUGUCUGUGGUCAUGACCUGUUGCUUCUUUUGGCAAUACCAGCUGCCCAAACUACUGCCAGAUGAAAGCAUGGGUCGCAAUACUAAAGCAGAAAUGAUAUGUCCACGUUUCCCUGAGCCUGUGCCACUGGAGCACCCCAUCGCCAGCUUGAAGGACGCUCUUGAGAAGGUGGAUGCGCUUCUACGUCAGAGCACCAACGCGGUCAGCCUUCCAUCUCUGUCCGCUAUUGUAGUUCUGAACGACACGGUGCUGUGGACUGGGAACUUUGGGAAGAAGAACAUCAGUGACCCUCUGGCUGGCCCUCCAAAUGAAUACACUGUGUAUAGGAUUGCCAGUCUGUCAAAGAUCUUCCCCACUCUGAUGAUGUACAAAUUGUGGGAAGAUGGGAAAAUAGCGUCUUUAGAUGAUCCUCUGGAGAAGUACGUGGAUAACUUCACCAUCAAGAAUCCUAUGGGAAGGUCUCGGGACUCCGAGCUCAAACACGUCACCGACGGACUCAUAUUUCUGGACAGCGGGGAAGUGCAGAUACGCUCUUCAUCCGUCACCCUGAGGAGGAUGGCCAGUCAGCUCUCAGGUUUGCCCAGAAGACUUCGAGCCACCAGUUUGCUUUGGAAAGGAAGAACACAAACUGCUAUUAACCUCCUACAAGACGACGUUCUGGUGGCAGAUCCUGGCACAAAAUGCCAUUACAGUAACUUGGCCUUUUCACUGCUCGCUCACAUCAUGGCAGAAAGAAUAGUCGGUGUGGAAUACCAGCGCUGGGUCCUCGACAACAUUUUAGAUCGCUUGGGGAUGGAGGACACAGGAUUUGACGUCACUCCCGGAGUCUUCAAUCAAAUGGCAGUCGGGGUUUACGCCAACGGAAAACCAGCGCCCCUCUAUGACCUGGGUUGGUAUCGCCCCUCUGGACAAAUGUACUCGACAGCCGCAGACCUGGCCAAACUCGCCAUGAUGCUUCUGGGAGCUUAUCACCGCAAACUACUGGAGCCGGAUUCGCUGAAGAUCAUGCUAACGCCGCUUUUUAGGUGCGAGAAGGAUUACUUUGCCAACCGCACUGGAACACCAUGGGAGGUAAAGAAGCGUGGACUGUGUGUGGGUUGUUUUGACCUCGCCAAUAAAAUGGAUGAGAAGAAGAAGAAGAAGAAGAAGAAGAAUUUGGAGAGAACUUUUUGA